AUGGUUCUCCGAAAAGAUGAAUUAGAAGUACAGCUUAAAGAAGAGCAUGAGUUGAUCGCAAAUGGCGUGCUUAGAGAGGACAACCCUUUGGAUCAGUCGACCGAGUUUGAGGCUUUCCUGCUGGCUUGCAGAAGAGGCGACCUGAAGACGUGUCAGGAGCUGAUCUCGGCUGGCGUAAAUAUCAAUGGCAAAGAUCGUUUUGAUUACACACCGUUGAUUGUUCCUUGGGCCGGACACAUUACUAGUCUACUCUCCAAGAACGUUCCAAAGACAACCGAUAUCAGCCUCAUUGCAGCAGCACAGUCCUUCAACAUGCAUAAGUUUCUCCUGGCAGCACGGACGCCGUACUUCAGGAAGAAGCUCGAUGGCGCACCCGAUACAGCAACAUGGAAGCUACCGACCACCUACCCACUUGAGUCUUUCCAAGUUGCCCUACGCUAUCUGUAUCUAGGAGAAGUACCCAAAGAUGUGGUCAAUGCUCGCAGUACGGUGACGGAGGAAGAGGUUCUCACUGGUGUUGAUAAGCUCAGCAAGCAGCUCGAGAUCGAGCAACUAUGGGAGGCAAUCCUGGCGGGCAAUGACCGACGUCUUUCGCGCCAGAGGUACGAGGACGAGGUGAAGCGUGCACAGACCCAGGUUGAUCGUUUCUACCGGGAGAAGGUCCUGGGCCACAAGAUGAUCGUGGAGACAAAGAGGGUCGGCGAGGUGAAAUGGCGUCACGACAACUCAAUCUUCGCCGAUUGCCUCCUGUGCGCACACGAGCCGGAGAGCGACGAAAUCGAGAAUGAUGCGGAGGACCCUGAGAAUGCUGUACAUGCUGUCGGCAUCCCGCUCGGACUUGCAUCCCUCGGCGAUAAACCCAGGAAACGGCCUCGAAAGUCGGUCGUCUACCCCGUUCAUAAGGCGAUGCUCAUCCGCAGCCCGUACUUCGAGACCAUGUUCUCUAGCGAAUUCAGGGAGGCGCAAGAUUCGGAAAACCUACACGUCGUCACGGUGGACUGUAUGCCCGAGGUCCUCGAAAUCGUGCUUACGUUCUUGUACACUGAGAAGGUGGACUGCCCUCUCGAGCUCGCCUUGGACUUGCUCUACACGGCCGACAUUCUCUUCCUCGACAAGCUCAAGACGAAAGCAGCGCAGGCCAUCAGUACCCUGGGAAGCGGCAGCAGCAACAUCUGGGCUGACCGCACUCACAGGCCCGACGGAGAGGACCACCGGGAAGAGGAUAUGGAGCCCAUCAACAUCUACGACGUUAUCCACGCGGCGUGGGAUCUGCGCGUCCAGCGCCUGGAAGAGUUUGCUGCUCGGUACCUGGCCAACCGCUUAGAGGACUACAUUGACGAGGCCGAGUUUGCGGAGCUGAUCAAGGAGAGUGCGGAAAGACUCAAGAACCGUGAAGAGACGGAUACUAUUGAGUUGUUGGAUGACAUCCGAUAUUAUCUGGGCGAGCGCUUCCGUUUGCGUUUCGAGGACGCCAACCUUGAGGAGAUGAUGGAUGAAGAGGGGGAGAUCAACGCCGAAAUGGCCGAAGCCAUCGCUGCACAGAGCGAACAGCUGAAUGAGGGGAUGCGUGAGGCUGGUGCUGCCCCACAGGAAACCGCCCCUGUUCCUCCUACUGCUGCGACCGUUGAGAAUGGCCAAGACGGAGAGGGAGUGAAGACUCUUGGAGGUGAGGUGGCAGAAGACGAAUUCGCUUCAGAUGCGAUCAAUUACCAAAUCUUACUUGGAAAGAUCGAUACAAUGCUGGAUCAUCUGAAGCUAGAUGCAUAG